CCGGAGAAGUGGAAACAUUAAAGGGGCGGCUCAUAUCAAAAUCUAUCUAUUAGGGGAUGUAUUUUUAUUCGCCGCGACAUCGCGUUCGAGUCCUUCGAGGCCGCCUUCGGUGAGAAUGUCGUGCGAGGCUUCGGGAUUUGGUGUUGCUAACGACGACGAAAUAGUUAAUGAUAUUAUUUUAAAUUUAAAUUAAUGCGUGUUUAAUAAACUUCUAUGAGUGUUUACAAUCUUACCCUUAUUGCUUACCAGAGUUACUGGUAUAGUGCUGGCUGUCUGCCGCAUGGUCCUUUAAUUUAGUUAUGUUGCCAAUACGAAGACGUAUUGCCAAUCUCGGUGAUCUAUUAUAAUUUGCUUUACUGAUUCCUGUUGACAACUAAUGGGCAAGAUUGUAUACAAAAAUGGAAUUAAUAUGAAGUGUUUUAAAAACCUUUAAAAACAUCCAAAAGCUUAAAAAAUUCUUGCUUACAAAAUGUUUGGGCGAGGUAUUUAGAAAGUGCCAACCGACAGUUAAGUAUAGUGAUAUCCAUUAUCCACCAACAUUCCAUACCAUUCUGAAGUGAUGGCUUUCAUUCAUUAUUUGGGCUUAGGAUGCCUACUUGCUACGACUGUGGCCUUGAGCACCGAUAUUGCAAGAGAUAGUAACUCUGGCUUUGCCGGCGGGUCAACAUUAAAUAAUGUUAUUAGCGAAGAUCCCGAAUUCACAGAUGUCAUCGAGAAUAUCACUGUACCCGCGGGGCGUAACGUAAAACUUGCUUGUUCAGUCAAGAACCUUGGCUCUUAUAAGGUGGCGUGGAUGCACUUCGAGCAGUCGGCCAUUCUAACAGUUCACAACCACGUGAUAACGCGUAAUCCGAGAAUAAGUGUCACCCACGAUAAGCACGACAAGCAUCGGACUUGGUUCUUGCAUAUCAACCAUGUUCAGGAGGAGGACAGGGGACGAUAUAUGUGCCAAAUUAAUACGGUUACUGCCAAGACCCAAUACGGAUUUGUUAAAGUAGUUGUACCGCCCAAUAUUGACGAUGCCCUUACCUCCAGUGACAUCAUAGUGCGUGAAGGCGAUAACGUGACGUUGCGAUGCAAGGCGAAAGGCAGCCCCGAACCAACCAUUAAGUGGAAGCGAGAUGACGGCAACAAAAUAGUGAUUAACAAGACACUCGAAGUGCAAGAUUUUGAGACGCAUUCCCUUGAGCUUGAGCGAAUUUCACGUCUGCAUAUGGGCGCCUACCUUUGUAUCGCGUCAAACGGAGUACCACCAAGCGUAUCCAAGCGGAUCAAAGUCAGCGUCGACUUUUCGCCAAUGGUCUGGAUACCUCAUCAGCUGGUGGGCAUACCAGUAGGUUUUAAUAUUUCCCUUGAGUGUUUUAUCGAGGCGAACCCAACCUCACUUAACUAUUGGACACGUGAAAACGAUCAAAUGAUCACUGAGUCAUCAAAGUAUAGAACCGAAACUAUUCCAGGUCAUCCGUCUUACAAAGCGAGCAUGCGAUUGACGAUUACCAAUGUACAAAGCAGCGAUUACGGCAACUACAAGUGCGUAGCCAAAAAUCCUCGUGGCGACAUGGACGGCAAUAUUAAGCUAUACAUGUCAAAUCCGCCAACAACACAGCCUCCGCCCACAACCAAAACGUUGCCGCGCACACCAAAUAUAACAGCAGAAAAAUCCCUGGAAAGUUACACCAACACUCCUUUAAGCGGCAUUGUCGUCGAAGGACCAACAAAUUCGGUGAUGGUAUCCGGCAAAUCGAGCAUAAAAUACCUAUCGAAUCUGAACGAGAUUGACAAAUCAAAACAAAAGCUGACGGGCAAUAGCCCAAAAGGUUUCGACUGGUCUAAAGGCAAGAAUUCUGAAAGCCAGGGCCAUACGGCAGCCCCUCGCUUGCCUGUUACCUUCUGGCUACUCCCGUUCCUUUCGCUGUUGGUUAAACACUGGAGUGGUUGAAAAUCGAAUAAUACUUAUAUAAAUAAUAAUAAAGUGCCAUUAAAAAAUUUGAAAUAAAAACUUUACAAAGCCAAAAAUAGGUACUUAAAUGCCAAAGCUUACAGUAAGGGAUAGCAACUAUGUAAUUCCAAAAAUCAAUGCAUUCCUCCAAAUUAAAAGAUGUAAUAAUCAGCGUCUGUAUAGUAUACUGAUUUUUAUAAAUCUUUAAUCGUUGAUGGGUUUUGUUGGUCUUUAAUUAAUAUAUCUUAGCUGGUGGUUGGAAAAUCUAUAGGUUUAAAGCAAUUAAAAAAGUCUUUAAAAUUAUAUCACAUUAUUUUUAAAAAAUCAGCUACUUUGAAGAAAACUGUAAAUAACCCUUAUAUGAAUAGCUUGAAUUAAAAUUGCAAAUUGUAAACUCAUUAUAGGCAUUAGAUAUAAAUGUUAAUUUGUGUCCAAGUGGACAUCAAAGCAUAUAAAUAAGUAGUUAUUAAAAAGAAAAGGCAGUCAUCGAUGCUCUAAAAACCAGGAACCAUAAGCAUUUAAAUGAAACAAACUAAUAAAUAU